AUGACGGCGACAAUCGUUCCGACUCUACCUCACGAACACGGACCCACAGCGUUAUCUACUGCAGAAACUGUUGUAGAGGACGGCGAAAGGACUUUUAUUCUUCCGGAACUGGCUGCCGACAUACCGCAAACUACCGUCCCAGCAGAUGCCUCGGCAUCGCGGAAGCAUCCAAUCAAGGAAGAGACCCUGGACCCUAACACGACAUCGGAAGUCAUUCCGCCAGAACACAAACAUCGUACUUUGGUGCUCUGCUUCGAUGGGACCGGGGAUCAGUUCGACGCGGACAACUCGAACAUCAUACAGCUCAUCUCGUUGCUGAAGAAAGAUGACCGGUCGAAGCAGAUGGUUUAUUAUCAGUCUGGAAUAGGUACUUAUACAUCGCCCCAAAUUGCGACCCCUUUCAUGUCGAAGAUAUACAAGACUGUUGAUGUAAUGAUUGCCUGGAAUCUUGACGCUCAUGUCAUGGCGGGGUACGAGUUUUUGAUGCAAAACUACCACUCCGGUGAUCGCAUAUGCAUAUUUGGCUUCUCUCGGGGCGCGUACACAGCUAGGAGUCUCGCCGGAAUGAUCCACAAAGUAGGCCUACUCCCAGCAGACAACUGGCAGCAAGUACCCUUCGCGUACAAGAUGUAUACUCGGACAGACGAGGUUGGAUGGGAUCAGUCAACGGCAUUCAAGCAGGCCUUCUCUAAUGAUGUCCAGAUCGAAUUCCUAGGCGUGUGGUACGUCCCGGCCAAUCCAUUCCUCCGUGAGACGUUUACUAACACCAAUACGAGGGAUACGGUGGAUUCAGUGGGGCUCAUACCAAAACGACUACCGUUUACGACUUCGAACACUAUUCUUCGAACUUUUCGUCAUGCCGUCUCGUUGGAUGAGCAUCGGGCAAAGUUUAAAGCCAAUCUUUGGAACAGACCUAGUGCGAGGGAAAUGUUGUUGGGCACGUCAAGAUGGAUGACGCAGAAUUCCGGUCAGAAUACGAGCCAGUCGAGUUCUUUGAAGACACGCAGAGGGUCGAGUGAAGAGCGGAAGGAGUCAGAGAUUGAAUGGACUCCGCAAGUCGACGAGUUUAUGAACAAAAUGGAGAAGCUCCAUUCUUCGUCUUGUGGAAAACCGACUGAUAUUGAGGAAGUGUGGUUCGCAGGAUGUCAUUGUGACGUCGGAGGCGGUUCCGUGAAGAAUUCAACGCGCUAUUCUCUCGCACGGAUAUCGUUACGAUGGAUGAUUCGAGAAUGCUUCAAAACGAAUACGGGGAUCAUGUUCGAUUCCCAGCGUCUCAGACAGCUAGGCCUCGACCCUACGACGCUCUAUCCCUUCGUAACGCCAAGGCCGCCAGCCCUUCCCGUCGAAUCUGCCAUGAUCCGAACAGGGUCCCCAAAACCGCCGCUAAGGCAAAGGCUCGUAUCUGCCUUUCGUCAUCGAAAGUCUCUUAGCGGUAGGCCUGGUUCCGAGGGCGAAGCACAUGCGGCCGCGCUACUCGCGGAGUACCGGCCUAUCGGAACAGAGGAAGAGGAAGAACUCCAGGACGCGCUGUCCCCCAUCUACGACCAGCUCAAGCGUUCGAAGUCUUGGUGGAUCCUCGAGGUGAUCCCGAUGGAGUUCCGGCACCAAAAGGGAGACGACAAGUGGGCAUCCUGGUUUGGGCCGAACCUUGCCCGUCCUCGGAUCAUCCCGAAGCAGUCGAAUGGGGUCAAGGUGCAUCGUAGUGUUAGGAUGCGGAUGGAGGCUUUCCAUGAGCAUAAUCCGCAGAAAAGGUACAAACCGAAGGCGCAUCUGAGGGUUACACCGAUUUGGGUGGACGAUCAUGUACCGGAGGCAGAUGAGCACUAG